GCAGAAAAGAGGUGAAAGUCGCAUACACGACGUUUUGUGCCAAAGCCGCAGCCGAUACAAGCGAAUAAUUUUAAAAACUGAACACGUCAAAAUACUGCCUGUCAAAACCUGUAUAGUUUUCUUGUCAGCUGUUUUAAAGUAAAUAGGAACACAAUGUUGAAAUCUCAUUUUAAUUUGGUUGCAACUGACAGUGAAUCGGAGGAGGAAGUUGUAGAGGCUGCCUCUGUAGUUGAGGAGACGGUGAAGGAGGAGCUCCCUCCGAGACGACUUCAGAAGUCGGAGGUUUGUACCAGAUUGAGUAUGCUGGGCAAGACUGCCUCCGGUGACGGGUACACAUUUUUAAAAUGCAAACUUGUAGGAAUGAAUAUAACACGUAUCGACGUUAUAAGGAGUUACAAACAUAUAAUGUUCCUGGACGUUUCCAAUAACUUGCUAGACUUAGAUGCGCUUCAAGUCGUCACACAGCUACCGAACUUGAUACUCAUACACGCUGACGAGAACAGGAUCGCCUCCGCAGGACUCAAGCAAAUGAAAUACUUGCAAGUCAUCAUUUUUAACAACAACCAAAUCACUUCACUGGCAGACGUGUUCCAAGAGCAACUGAGCACAUUGGAGCUUGGCUUCAAUAAAAUAAAAACUAUAGAUUUCAAGUUUAAAAUGCCAACGAUGAGAGUCUUAGAUUUACGAAAUAACUUAAUAACGGAAAUCCCACCUUUAGAAUUUCCCAAAUUGGACAGUUUGUAUCUAGCAGGGAAUAAAAUUAAGACCCUAGCUGGUAUAGAGCUUCUGGUUAAUUUGAGAGUGUUACAUGUGCGGAAUAAUCCAAUUAGGUACUUGGACGGUUUUAAUGAGGAUCACACGAAGCUUCAAUACAUCAAUUUGAGGAAUUGCCGCGUUACUACACUGAGACAAGUGAGGAAGUUGAAGGUUCUUAAAGCACUUGACACCCUCGUCCUGAAGGGAUGCCCUUAUAUGGGAGGAGCAGGUGACGAGGAUCCGGAGAACAAAGAUGAGGAGGACGAUCCUCAAAUCAGAGUCGAGUUGUUGGCAACAAUGCCGCGGCUGAAGAGAAUUAAUAAGGACAUUGUUACGCCCGAGGAAAGAGAGGAGAGUAAACAGCUGUUAGCACAGUGGGCGGAAGAAGGCGAAAAGGAAGAAGAAGAGAUUGAGAUAGAAGAGCAACAAGUAGAGGAGGAAAUGUCUCAUGUUGAGGAGGAGCAGGAUUGAGAGCCGUUUUAAGUCUGCAUAUAAAUGUUCAAUUAGAUUGAAGUUCCUAUUGCUUAGUUCUUAAAGUUGAUAAUGCAAUAACUUUCUAGUCGAUUA